UUCACAAUCUAAAUUUUGUUGUAAUAAAAAAAAUCGGAAUAUGUUUCAUUUACUUUUUGAUUUUCAUCAUAUAUUGCUUUUAUUGUUGUUAUUAAUAUUUUAUAGAAGCUUGAGAAUUAUAAAUCUAAAACAUUUUUUCUCUAAUUUUAAAGUGAAAGAAAUAUUUUAUGGAAAAGUGAUAAAUGCUAAUACUUAUCGGGAAAACAAUAUUACACCUAAAAGUGUUAAUUAUCAUUUUACAAGAAAGUGUAAUUAUGAGUGUGGUUUUUGUUUCCAUACUGCAAAAACAUCCUAUAUAUUAGAUCUAUCUGAUGCCAAAAAGGGCUUAGCGAUGCUGAAAAACGCAGGUAUGGAAAAAAUAAAUUUCAGUGGUGGAGAACCGUUUUUGCCACUAAAAGGACGGCACUUAGGAGAAAUGGUAAAAUUUUGCAAAAAAAUAUUAAAUUUACCAUCUGUUUCUAUUGUUUCCAAUGGAUCUAUGGUUACAGAAAAGUGGUUUCAAGAAUAUGGAAUGUAUACUGAUAUAAUUGCGAUUUCUUGUGAUUCCUUUAAUGAGAAUACCAACAAGGCGAUUGGAAGGUAUCAAAAAAGAAAAAGCCAUUUAGAUCAAUUAUUUAAAAUCCGUAGCUGGUGCAAGCAAUACGAUGUUUUGUUUAAAAUAAAUACAGUCGUAAAUAGCUAUAAUAUAGAGGAAAAUAUGUCUGAUGAAAUUAAUAAGCUAAAUCCAAUUAGAUGGAAAGUUUUCCAGUGUUUAUUGCUGGAAGGAGAAAAUGUAGGUACAGAUGCUCUCCGCAAUGCAAGUAGAUUUUAUAUAUCUGAAGAAAUAUUCAAUAAAUUUAUAGAUCGCCACAAAGGAGUUCCAUCCUUAGUUCCAGAGUCAAAUUCAAAGAUGCAAAACAGUUAUUUAAUUCUUGAUGAAUAUAUGAGAUUUUUAGAUUGUCGUAAUGGAUCAAAAACACCAUCCAAAUCAAUAUUAGAUGUUGGAGUGUCAAACGCACUAAAAUUUUCUGGAUUCGAUGAGGCUAUGUUUAAAAAAAGAGGGGGGAUAUAUAAAUGGUCAAAAGAGGCAGAUAUAUUAUCGUGGUGAACAAUUUUGACGUUGCACAUACCUGUAUAAGCGCUAGUAUGUACAGGAUUUUUCAAAAAUGAUCAGCAUGGUAAUUUUUUAACUCGG